AUGGCCUCCCAGAACGGUCAUGCUAUACACGCCAAGUCCAAUAUUGCAACCCGCCCCUUGGUCUUGAACCAGGGCACACUUAGAAUUUCUAUUCCAGUUUCUACAUCGUCCGAUGAAUGGAUCGCAGCGGAGGUCCUGAGAGAUGAGUUUGCUACGGCUAUAGAACAGGAUCCCAUCGUUGUCGGCGAUGAGGACGCGACUUCGGACGAGGCAAAAGUAGAGUUUGCAGUGCGUUUUCUGGCUCUCGUCGCGGACAGCGUCGACAAGGAAGCCCAAUCCAUCGCAGCACGCACCGCGUUGCUCCUCAAUGUCCUCAAGUACUUCACAUCGACCUACCUUUCUACCACCGACAUCCAUACCUUGACUGCCUCAUUUACUACCGACACCCGCAAGGCCGUUUUGGCCGCCUACUUUGCAGCAGUCGCCGCCUUGCAGAACCAAGGCGUGUCUGACAUUCCCCGCCAACCACAAUCUGCACUCCUCGAAGCUGCCUCGACUGGCAAGGCUUCGAUCUAUGCUCUCUUCGGUGGCCAGGGCACCAACGAAGUUUACCUCAACGAGCUCCAGGAGCUCUACGACAUCUAUAAGCCCUUCAUUCACUCCUACCUUCAAACCAUUACCGACGAGGUUCUCGUUCCUCUCGCCGAGGACGAGGAGGACUCGCCUUUCUUCACCCACGGUCUCGACGUUCUCGCCUGGCUCUCGGGUGCCAUUCCUCGGCCUUCGGUCGCGUACACCGCGUCCGUCCCAAUCUCCUUCCCUCUUAUCGGAUUAACCCAACUUGUCCAAUAUCUUGUCGUCUGCCACGUUGCGGGCCUCACCCCUGGUCAGCUGCGUGAUCGCAUCGGUGGUGCGACUGGCCACUCUCAAGGAAUCGUAUCAGCUGUGGCGAUCUCCGCAUCGUCCACCUUUGAGGAAUUCACCGAGAACUCCAUCAAGGCCCUCAAAUGGCUCUUCUACUCUGGCCUGAGGGGUCAACAAGCCUUCCCCGUGACCGCAAUCGAACCAAGCAUCGUUCAAGAUGCCAUCGAGGGUGGUGAAGGCACCCCCAGCCCCAUGUUGUCCGUCACCGGUCUGGGCCUGAAAGAUCUUCAGCCCCAUAUCGAGCAGACCAACAAACACUUGCCUGAUAACUCCAAACUCUUCGUUUCCCUUCACAAUGGUCCCAAGGCCUUCAUCAUCACGGGACCACCCAAAUCUCUCUUCGGCCUCGUCACCAGCCUUCGUAAGAUCAAGGCGCCUUCCGGUGCCGACCAAAGCAAGAUCCCCUUCUCUCAACGCAAGCCCGUGUUCUCCACCCGUUUCUUGGUCGUCGGCGUCCCUUAUCACAGUGACUACUUGACUGGCUUGACUGACAAGGUCAUCUCUGAGGAUCUUGAGGACGAAGAGUUGUGGAAGGCCGAUGAUCUAAAGAUCCCUGUCUAUAACACCGAGGAUGGCACUGACUUGCGCGGUUCGGCCGCCUCCAUCACCCGCUCCCUCUUUGAACAAAUCUUCACCCUCCCGAUCCACUGGACCAAGGCUACGAACUUCCCUGAGACUGCCACCCACGUCAUCGACUUCGGUCCCGGAGGCGCCAGCGGUAUUGGUCCUUUGACUGCGAAGAACUUCGAGGGCCGCGGCAUUCGUGUCAUCGUCGCUGGCGUCAAGGGCAAGGGCGACGUCGAGCUCUUCAACGCUAGCGGCGUCAAGUACGAAGAUUGGUGGAGCAAGAAGUGGUCGCCCAGACUCGUCAAGAACAGCGAGGGCGAGCUCUUCCUCGACACCCCCUUCUCCCGUCUUCUCGGUAAACCCCCCAUCAUGGUCGCUGGUAUGACCCCCUCCACCGUCAAGGCAGGCUUCGUAUCUGCCGUCUUGGAUGCUGGCUACCACAUCGAACUCGCCGGUGGUGGUCACUACAACGCGAAAGCCCUUCGCUCCAAGGUUGCUGAAAUCCAGGAGAAGAUCCCUGCUGGCGUCGGUUUGACUCUCAACGCCCUCUACAUCAACCCCCGCCAGUUCACCUUCCAGUUCCCCCUCUGGCAAGAGAUGAGGAAGGAGGGCCUCCCCAUCGAGGGUUUCUGCGUCGCUGCCGGUAUCCCCACUACCGAGAAGGCCGUCGAGAUCAUCGACGGUCUUAAGAACGCCGGAAUCAAGCACGUCUCCUUCAAGCCUGGCUCCGUCGACGGUAUCCGUCAAGUCAUCAACAUCGCCGCUGCCAAUCCCGACUUCCCCAUCAUCAUGCAAUGGACUGGUGGGCGUGCCGGCGGUCACCACUCCUUUGAAGACUUCCAUCAACCCGUCCUCUCCACCUAUCGUGCCAUCCGUGAGCACCCCAACAUCAUCCUCGUCGGUGGAUCUGGCUUCGGAUCUGCUGAAGAUGUCUGGGAGUACUUGACUGGUGACUGGUCUGUGACGCGUUUCGGUGUCCAGCCCAUGCCGUUCGAUGGUUUCCUGUUCGCGAGUCGCGUCAUGGUCGCCAAGGAGGCCCACACGAGCUCUUCGGUCAAGGACCUCAUUGUCGCCGCGUCUGGUGUCGAUGACAGCCAGUGGGAAGGGACGUACACCAAACCCACUGGUGGUAUCUUGACUGUCCGAUCCGAGCUUGGUGAACCCAUCCACAAGGUUGCUACUCGUGGCGUGAAGUUGUGGAAGGAGUUCGACGAUACCGUCUUCAAGUUGCCAAAGGAGAAGCGCGUCGCUUGGUUGAAGGAGCGUCGGGACGAAGUUAUCGAGAAGUUGAACAGGGAUUUCGCUAAACCCUGGUUCGGAUGGAAGAAGGAUGGGUCAGUUGCGAAGGAUUUGAGUGACAUGACUUACGAGGAGACUGUGUUGAGGAUGGUUGCAUUGAUGUAUGUCAAGCACCAGAAGAGGUGGAUCGAUAUUUCGUUGCGAAACUUGACCGGCGAUUGGUUGCGACGUGUCGAGGAACGAUUCGCAAGUGCUGACGGCUUCGCCACCAAGCCUUCUCUGCUCCAAUCCUACACCUCCUUGGAUGAUCCAUUGCCCUUCGUCGAGGAGUUCUUCAAGAAGUACCCUCUUGCGGCGGAGCAAUUGCUGGCUGCUGAAGAUACCGCGUACUUCCUCGCCAUCUCGCAGCGUCCGGGUCAGAAACCCGCUCCCUUCAUUCCCGUUCUCGACGCUUCAUUUGAAGUAUGGUUCAAGAAGGACUCGCUCUGGGCGGCCGAAGACAUUGAUGCGGUAUUUGAUCAAGACCCUCAACGUGUGUGCAUUCUCCAAGGGCCCGUUGCGGUCAAGUGGUCAGUGAAGAAAGACGAGCCUGUCAAGGAGAUCCUCGGCAACGUCAACUCGUCUCUCAUCCAACGUUUGCUCGAGCGCAGCUACAAUGGCGAUGUCUCCUCUGUCCCCGUCGUCGACUACAUCGCCGCUGCUCCUAAGCAGCCAGCCCCUCUCACCGGAAUCACCCGCACCGCCACCAAGGAUACCAUCACCUACGAAUUUGGCAAAGUCACCCCUGACACCGAGGCCUGGUUAGAAACCCUUGCUGGUCCCGACCUUAAUUGGUUGCGAGCCCUCGUCACCUCGAAGACCAUCGUCCGUGGCUCGGCCUACGUUGACAACAACCUCCGUGCUCUCCUUACCCCUCGCCCUGGUCAGAAAGUUGUCGUCACUUAUGCCGACUCUACCCCUGUCUCCGUCGCCACCUACGGUGCUGCACGCUCUUACGGCUCUCACAUCCCUAGCUUCAAGGCUGUCGAAAUCAAGUAUGACCCCACCGUUCGCGUCAUCGACGUCACCCUCUUCGAAGAGCGCAAGGGCUCUUCCGUCCCUCUCCUGUUGAAGUUCCAGUACAAGCCUUCCCAGGGCUUCAACCCCAUCCACGAAAUCGCCGAAGACCGUAACACUCGCAUCAAGGAGUUUUACUGGAAACUUUGGUACGGCGAUGACCAGCAGCUCCCUGCUAUUGACAUCCAGGAGACCUUUACUGGUCCCGAGGUCGUCAUCAAGCAGGAGGAUGUUGAGCAAUUCUGCUCCGUCGUCGGCAACCAGAACGAGGCAUACAAGGGUGCCAGAUCCGCCUCUGUUCGUGCCCCCAUGGACUUCGCCAUUGUCACUGGCUGGCAGGCCAUCAUGAAGUCCAUCUUCCCUUCGGCAAUCGAUGGAGACCUCCUUCGUCUCGUUCACCUUUCGAACGGCUUCCGAAUGGUCGAUGGCGCCAAGCCACUGCGAGUUGGCGACGUUUGCAACGCCGAAGCGCGCAUCGUCUCCGUCGUCAACUCGAACGAAGGCAAGAUUGUCAAGGUCAAGGGAUACGUCCUCUCCAAGGGCCAGCGUGUAAUCGAGGUCGUUUCGUCUUUCCUCUACCGAGGUCGUUUCACCGACUUCGAGAACACCUUCGAGACCACCGAAGAGCCGGAAUACCUCGUCCCACUCGAAAGCGACGCUGCCGUUGGUGUUCUCCAGUCGAAGGAAUGGUUCGAAUGGGACAACGAACAUUCACCCUUGACCGCUGGCACUUCCCUCGUCUUCCGCGUCCAAUCCCACGUCACCUUCAAGGACAAGGCCACCUACCGCAACAUCGCUGUCACUGGCAACGUCUAUGUCCGCAAUCAGCUCAAGGUCCUCGUCAAGGUUGGCUCCGUCGAUUUCCACCAAGACGAUUGCUUGGGCAAUCCUGUCACUGCCUAUCUCCAACGCCACGGAACGCCUCAAGGUCUCACCGCUCCUCUUCCCAAUGAUGGCUAUACCCUCAACACUCCUGACGUCUCAACUGUCUUCACCGCUCCUCUCACCAACGAACCCUACUCUAAGGUUUCCGGCGAUUUCAACCCCAUCCAUAUCAAUCCCUACUUCUCCGACUUCGCUUCCUUGCCGGCUACCAUCACCCACGGAAUGUGGUCCAGCGCUGCCACUCGCCGCUUCGUCGAGACGGUCGUUGCCCAAGGCCAUCCUGAGCGGGUUAUUGCUUAUGAUGUCAGCUUCGUCGGUAUGGUUAACCCUGGUGAUGAGCUUUCUGUCAAGCUUCGUCACGUCGGCAUGAGAGACGGGAACAUUGUUGUCAACAUCGAGACCGUCAACUCGCAAGGCGAAAAGGUCCUCUUGGGCUCUGCUGAGGUUGCCCAGCCCACCACUGUCUACGUCUUCACUGGCCAGGGCUCUCAGGAGCCUGGAAUGGGUAUGGACCUUUACAACUCUUCCCCCGCUGCCCGCGCUGUGUGGGAAGGCGCCGACGCUCACUUGCGCGCUGUUUAUGGCUUCUCCAUCGUCGAGAUCGUCAAGGACAACCCAAAGGAGAAGACGAUCCACUUUGGUGGUAUCAAGGGUCAAGCCAUUCGUCAACGAUACAUGGAGAUGACUUACGAUACAAUGGACAAGGACGGCCAAGUCAAGACCCUCCCUCUCUUCGGUGACAUCAACAUUCGUACCGCCAAAUAUACCUUCAGCCAUCCCAACGGUCUUCUCUUCGCCACCCAGUUCGCUCAGAUUGCACUCGUCGUCACCGAGAAAGCUGCGUUCGAAGACAUGCGCGCGAAGGGCUUCGUUCAAAAGGAUUGCGCUUUCGCCGGUCACUCGCUCGGAGAAUACUCUGCUCUCGCUUCCAUCGCCGAUGUUCUCCACAUCUCUGCCCUCGUCGAUGUUGUCUUCUACCGUGGUAUCACUAUGCAGCGGGCUGUCGAACGUGACUCUCAGAACCGAUCCAACUAUGCUAUGUGCGCCGUCAACCCCAGCCGUAUCUCGCCUUCGUUCACCGACGCCGCUCUCCGCGAGGUCGUCGAAUCCAUCGCUACCAUCACGGACACCCUUCUUGAGAUCGUCAACUUCAACGUUGAGGGACAACAAUACGUCUGCGCCGGAGAACUCGUUUCCCUCCAAACCUUGACAAAUGUCCUCAACUUCCUCAAGGUCAAGAAGAUUGACUUCGUCAAGUUGACCGAGACAUUCACCGUUGACAAGGUCAAGGAGAUGUUGAGCGACAUCGUCAAGGAAUGCUACCAACGCGCCCUUGAGCAACAGAAGGCUCAGGGUGGCUACAUUAAGCUCGAGCGUGGCUUUGCCACCAUCCCUCUUCCUGGUAUCGAUGUGCCAUUCCACUCCCGGUACCUUUGGGCUGGUGUCCUGCCCUUCCGUGCAUACCUCUCGAAGAAGAUCAAUGCCGCCGAUCUCAACCCCGACAUGCUCGUCGGCAAAUACAUUCCCAAUCUUAUCGCUCGACCUUUCGAAGUUUCCCAAGAGUACGCUCAGAUCAUCUACGACCAGACCACCUCCCCCCGCCUCGAUAAGGUCCUGAAAAAAUGGGACCAAGAGAAGUGGGGCAGCCCUGAAAACCGCCAGAAACUCGCCUACAUCAUCCUCGUUGAACUCCUCGCCUACCAGUUCGCUUCCCCCGUCCGCUGGAUUGAAACCCAGGACCGUCUCUUCACUGAGUACAAGUUUGAACGCUUCAUUGAAAUCGGCCCCUCACCAACGCUCACCGGUAUGGCCACUCGUACGCUCAAGGCCAAGUACGAGACCGCAGAUGGCUCAGUCAGCCACACCCGUUCGAUCUUCUGCCAUUCCAAGAACCAGAAGGAGAUCUACUACCAGUUCGAAGACGAACCUGAGGCCCCACCUGCUGAAGAGGCCGCGCCAGAACCUUCCCCUGUCGCUGCACCUGCUGCUGCCGCUGCGCCCGUCCCAGCUGCCGCCCCCGCCCCCGCUUCUGCCGGACCAGUCGCCAGCGUGGAAGAUGAACCUAUCAAGGCCAUUGAGAUCCUUACCGUUAUCGUUGCCCAGAAACUCAAGAAGAAGGUCGACGAAGUUCCUCUAAGCAAGUCCAUCAAGGACCUCGUCGGUGGCAAGUCUACUUUGCAGAACGAGAUUCUUGGUGAUCUCCAGCAAGAGUUCUCAUCUGCCCCUGAGAAGGGUGAAGAACUCCCCCUCGAGGAGCUUGGCUCCGCUCUCGGUACUGGGUUCAGCGGCUCGCUCGGCAAGUACAGCACCGGCCUCAUCUCCCGUCUCGUCGGCGGCAAGAUGCCUGGCGGUUUCAAUGCGUCGGCGAUCAAGUCAUACCUCAACAAGGCUUGGGGAUUGGGUCCUUCUCGCUCCGACGGCGUCCUUCUCCUCGCCACCACCCUCGAGCCACCCAAGCGUCUUGCAUCGGAAGCCGAAGCUAAGGCUUGGUUGGAUAGCGUCGUCCCCGUCUAUGCUCAGCGUGCAGGAAUCUCCCUUUCUGCUCAGUCAAGCGGCGGUGCUGCUGGCGGCGGCGGAGGUGGGGCAGUCAUCAACAGUGAAGAAUUUAUCAAGUUCCAAGCCGAGCAAGAGAAGUUUGCCUUGCAACAGAUCGAGGUCUACAUGCGCUACCUUGGUCGUGAUUCCCGUGCUGGAGAACUCGCCUUCGAUGCUGAGAAGGCAAACGCGACCGCCUUGCAGGCCAAACUUGACAGCAUCACUCGCGAGCACGGCGACUUCUACAUCGACGGUAUCCAGCCUCGUUUCGACCCUCUCAAGGCCCGUCACUUUGAUUCCUCCUGGAACUGGGCUCGUCAAGAUGCUCUCAUCAUGUUCUAUGACAUCAUCCAUGGUCGUCUCCGCACCGUCGACCGAGAAAUCACUGCUCGCUGCAUCGCUCUCCUCAAUCGUGCUGAUGCAGAUAUGCUCAAGUACAUGCAGUAUUAUAUCGAUCGUGUAGAUCCUUCCAAAGGGCCCACCUACAAGCUCGCGAAGGAAUUCGGUCAGCAGCUUAUCGACAACGUCAAAGAGGUUCUUGGCAAGCCGCCGAUGUACAAAGAUGUUACCUUCCCUACCGCUCCUCACACCGAGGUCACGGCCAAGGGUGACAUCGUUUACUCGGAAGUCGUUCGUGAGAAUGUCCGUAAGCUCGAGGCUUAUGUCGAGGAGAUGGCCACUGCCGACAACGUCCCUGGCACCGUCAACAUCAACAAGGUCCAAGACGAUGUUCAGAAACUCUGGACUCUCGUCAAGGAUCUCCCCGAAAUCACCGACGACCAGAAGCAUCGCAUCAAGGACUUGUACGAAGGCGUCGUCCGAUCCCUGAACACAGAAUCCCACUCUCACUCUGCCCCUUCGCCCGCUCCUCGUAGCCGCCGAUCCUCAUCGCAAUUCCUUCGCCCUCAAGUAACCGGCGUUCGACCAGUGACCACGCUUGACUCUGACAAGGUCCCACUUCUUCAUCUCAAGCGUCGCGUCGGAAAUGCUUGGGAAUACAGCAACAACCUCACCGGCGUCUACCUGGACAUCCUCCACGAGAUCGCUACCUCGGGAACUACCUUCAAGGACAAGAACGCUCUCCUUACUGGCGUCGGAAAGGGGUCCAUUGGUAUUGAAAUCGUCAAGGGUCUCCUCGCCGGGGGUGCCCAUGUUGUCAUUACCACCUCCAGUUACAGCCGCAAGACCGUCGAGUACUACCAGGCUAUCUACCACUCCGUCGGCAGUCGCGGUUCUGCACUCACCGUUGUUCCCUUCAACCAAGCCUCUAAGCAAGACGUCGAAGCCCUCGUCGACUACAUCUACUCAACUCUCGGCCUGGAUCUUGACUACAUUCUUCCUUUCGCUGGCAUUCCCGAAAACGGUCGAGAAAUCGAUGGGCUCGACGAUCGUUCGGAAUUGGCCCAUCGUAUGAUGUUGGUCAACCUCCUUCGAAUUCUCGGUGCAGUCAAGAACAAGAAAGCAAGUCGCCAAUUCGUCACCCGUCCAACUCAAGUCAUCCUUCCCCUCUCCCCCAACCAUGGUCUCUUCGGCAACGACGGACUCUACUCGGAAUCCAAGAUCUCUCUUGAAACCCUCUUCCAGCGAUGGGCCUCGGAAAGCUGGGGCGAAUACCUCUGCUUGGCCGGAGCGGUUAUUGGAUGGACUCGUGGCACCGGUUUGAUGGGCCCAACUAACAUUGUUGCUCACGAGCUUGAGGGCUACGGCGUUCGAACCUUCUCUGCCAAAGAGAUGGCCUUCAACAUUCUCGGCCUCAUGCACCCGCUCCUAUUCAGCAUCACCCAGGUCGAGCCUAUCUGGGCCGACCUCAAUGGUGGAAUGGAUCGCCUUCCCGACCUCGCCGAGAUUACUGGACGCAUUCGCAACAAACUCAACCAGAAAGCCGACCUUCGCCGUGCCAUCGCCCGUGACAACUCCGCUGACUUCAAGAUCAUCCAAGGCGUCGAAGCCGAAAGGCUUCUGAAGUCCGUUGACGUUUUGCCCCGUGCCAACUUCCGCUUUGAAUUCCCUGAGCUCGGAGGCGUCGACUCGUUCAAGGACGUCGCCCAACUGCGUGGGCUUAUCGAUUUGGAGAAGGUGGUCGUUAUCACCGGCUAUGGAGAAGUUAGCCCUUGGGGUAGCGCUCGAACUCGUUGGGAGAUGGAAGCUCGCGGUGAAUUGACCAUCGAAGCCUGCAUUGAAAUGGCUUGGAUCAUGGGCUUCAUCAAGCACUUCAAUGGUCGACUUAAGGACGGAUCCCUCUACGUCGGUUGGGUGGACACCAAGACCAACGAGCCAAUUGACGACAAGGACGUGAAGGGGCGAUACGAGGCCGAGAUCAUUGCCCAUGCUGGUGUCCGUCUGAUUGAACCCGAGCUUUUCCGUGGGUACGACCCGAACAAGAAGGUUUUCAACCAAGAAAUCGAACUCAUCCACGACCUCGAGCCAAUUGAAGUUUCCGAAACUGAGGCGCAGAAAUUCAAGCUUCAGCACGGCGACAAGUGCGACAUCUGGGCUGGGGAGGGUGGCCAAUGGUUCGCCAAGUUCAAGAAGGGUGCCUGCGUCCUUGUCCCCAAGGCCUUCAAGUUCAGUCGCACUGUUGCGGGCCAGAUUCCAACCGGUUGGCACGCUGGGCGCUAUGGCAUUCCCGACGACAUUAUUGCUCAAACCGACCGAGCAACUCUUUGGGCCCUCGUCUGCACCGCCGAAGCUCUCAACGCUUCCGGUAUCACCGACCCAUAUGAGCUCUACAAGCACAUGCAUCCCUCCGAAGUCGGUACUGCAAUUGGUUCUGGAAUGGGAGGUGUCACCAGUAUGGCGAAGAUGUUCAAGGAUAGGCGCGAUGAGAAGGAAGUCCAGAACGACAUCUUGCAGGAGACUUUCAUUAACACCACUGCUGGAUGGAUUAACUUGUUGCUCUUGUCCUCAAGCGGUCCCGUUAAGAUUCCCGUCGGUGCUUGUGCCACGGCGUUGCAGUCGCUUGAGAUUGCUUCUGACACUAUCCUCUCCGGCAAGGCGAAGGUCAUGCUUGCUGGAGGGUUCGACGAUAUCAGCGAGGAAGGCUCGUACGAGUUCGCCAACAUGAAGGCCACCAGCAAUGCUGAGACGGAGUUCGCCAUGGGUCGUGAGCCUACCGAGAUGUCCCGUCCAGCUACUACCUCUCGUGCAGGGUUCAUGGAAUCUCAAGGUUGCGGCGUCCACGUCGUGAUGAGCGCUAAGACCGCCCUCGAGCUGGGAGCUCCUAUCCGUGGCAUACUCGCCUUCACUUCAACAUCAACCGACAAGGCCGGUCGCUCAGUCCCUGCUCCAGGCAAAGGCGCUCUCACUGUUGCCAGGGAGGUUGCACCGAAGUUCCCUCCUGUCAUCCUCGACCCCGCCUACCGGGCCCGUCAACUCGCUUUCCGUCGCAAGCAGAUCUCUCAAUGGCUCGAGUACGAGCAAUCGCAGUUGCAGGAAGAAGUCGCCUAUCGCAAGCAGAAGGGAGAAGAGGUCAACCAAGAGUACAUCGACACUCGCCUCGCUGGACUCGAAGAAGACGCUGCCCGACAGGAGAAGGGAGCCCUCGCCAUGUACGGUAUGCUGGAGGGAUAUGAUCCUGAGAUUGCUCCUUUGCGUCGUGCACUUGCUGUCUGGGGUCUUACUGCGGAUGACAUCGGGAUCCUCUCCAUCCACGGCACCAGCACCAAGGCCAACGAAGAGAAUGAGACUCGCAUUUGGAACGACGUCUUCACCACCAUCUCUCGCACCCCAGGCAACGCGGUUCCAGUUGUUGCUCAAAAGAGUUUGUUGGGCCACGCCAAGGGAGGAGCCGCUGCAUGGCAGAUGGGCGGCUUGUUGCAAAGUCUGCUUACUGGCAUCGUUCCAGGGAACCGAAACAGCGACAACAUCGAUUCCCAAUUCCAGGACCGCCAAUUCCUUAUGUUCCCUUCCAAGCCUAUCCACACUGAUGGUAUUCACGUUGGUGUCAUGUCUUCGUUCGGUUUCGGUCAAGUGGGCGGAACAGCUAUGGUCGUUCAUCCUCGCUACCUCCUUGGUGCAUUGGAGCCUUCCUACUACGAGGCCUACAAGUCGCGCAACCGCGCCCGAGCUCUUCAAUCCUACAAGGUCAUGAGCGAGAUGAUGAUCAACAACUCCCUCGUCAAAGUCAAGGAUCAUCCGCCCUACAUCGGCGACAUGGAGAGCAAGGUUCUUUUGAACUCCAUGGCCCGUGCCGAGUUUGACACGAAGACCGGCGAGUUCUCCUUCAAGAGGGUCACCAACGAGGUCCCCAGGGAUACUGCCAACGUGAAGACUUUGUCCAGCCUCGUGAGCAACAACGUCUGGAGCCAGUCACCUGCUGGGGUGGGCGUCGACCAAGAAUUGAUCUCGGCUGUGCCUUCUUCCAACCCUAACUUCGUUUCUCGCAACUUCACCGACGAAGAAAUUGCCUAUUGCCAAGCUCAACCUUCUCCACCGUCCUCGUUCGCCGCUCGCUGGGUUGGCAAGGAAGCUGUCUUCAAGUCCCUUGGAGUCAGGUCUCAGGGAGCCGCCGCCGCCAUGAAGGAUAUCGAGAUCGUCAACGAUUCCACCGGCGCUCCUACGGUUCGCUUGCAUGGGGAGGCUCGACGUCUGGCCGAAGCGAAGGGCAUCAAGAAGAUUUUGAUCUCUCUCUCGCAUUCUGACACUACUGCCGUCGCAUUCGCACAAGCAUCUUCUGCAUAAUUUGUCCUCGCUAGCAUUACUUUUUAUCAUGUCCCAAUCCGAAUAUUUUGUAUAACAUUGUUUAGAAAGUGGUUUAAAUGUUACUACG